GCUGCCGGGAUUGCUCAGCCGCUGUGUGGACAUGUCCGCCAUGUUUUUCAUGGCGCAGAGAGCGGAUCAGCCGAGGAAAAUAGCUUUUAAAUCCAGUUAAACUCGACCAGAAAUGGCUUAUCGCACUGGAUUUCAAUCAAAUGGAAACUAAUGAGUUCUGUUAUUGUGGAAACAAUCGAGUCCCGUUUGGAUUAAUACAAAAUUUUUGAUCGAAUUCUGGCGGGAUUCAUGUUUCCUUUACAGUCUAUGUGAUUGUAAUAGGCGCAAACAAUGAGUAAAUUAUCGUUCCGAGCGCGAGCGCUAGACGCCGCCAAACCUCUCCCAAUAUACCGCAACAGAGACCUUCCAGACUUAAAUGACUGCGUAUCAAUCAACCGGGCUGUACCACAGAUGCCAACGGGGAUGGAAAAAGAAGAAGAAUCGGAGCACCAUCUCCAGAGGGCCAUCUCAGCACAGCAGGUGUUUCGGGAGAAGAAGGAGAACAUGGUUAUCCCUGUUCCUGAAGCGGAGAGCGACAUCACCUACUACGACCGCCUCUACAAGGGAGACCUGAAGAUCCCCAAGCAGCUCUUCCACAUACAGUCCCUGGGCCUGGACAAUGAGCAGCCGGACUACGACAUGGACUCCGAGGACGAGACCCUCCUCAACAGGCUCAACCGCAAGAUGGAGAUCAAGCCCAUACAGUUUGAGACCAUGGUGGACCGGCUGGAGAAGGCCAGUGCAAACCAGCUGGUCACUCUCCCUGAGGCGAAGCUGCUGCUCAACGAGGAUGACUACCUCCUCAAGUCUGUGUACGACUACUGGGUGAGGAAGAGGAAGAACUGCCGUGGCCCUUGCCUCGUCGCCCACAUCAAGCAGGAGAAGAGGGAUGGCUCCACCAACAACGACGCCUACGUGGCCUUCAGACGCCGCACGGAGAAGAUGCAGACCAGGAAGAACCGCAAGAACGACGAGGCGUCGUACGAGCGGAUGCUGAAGCUGCGGAGGGAGUUCAGCCGCACAGUCACCAUCCUGGAGAUGAUCAAGAGGCGAGAGAAGAGCAAGAGGGAGAUGCUGCACCUCACCCUGGAGGUGGUGGAGAAACGGCAUCAGAUGGGUGACUACACAGGAGAAGUGCUCAGCGAGGUGACGGUCCCCCUGCCUGAGAAGCCCUUGUACACUGCUCCCAUCAUCCUCACCAACGGCAACCGUCACAAAGCUGACAUCAAGACCAAGACACACAAGUCCGCCCUCCCCUACCAGGUGUCAGUCAAGGACGAGGCUCCCUUCGACUUUGUCCGACCCAAGAAGAAGUACGCCAGGAGGGAGAAGCUGCUCUGCCCGCCGCGCAGGCCCGGACGCCCUUCCAGCCAGUAUACCAUCAACAAGGCCGACAUCAAGCAGUACGACUUCCACAGCUCCGGGGAGGAGGAAUACCCCCCACUGUCUCCUCCCUCAGAGCCAGACGAGGAGAAUGACCCAGACGGGGUGUUUGCCUUCAGGAGGAAAGCAGGGUGUCAGUACCUGGCUCCCCCUGUGGACCAGCGUGGAGGGAUGUUGUGGGAGCACCCAGAGCUGGCUGGACUGGACACCCUGCAGCAUCGCCACUCCCUCACGGCCCUCUCCAUACUCCCCCGCUGUGUGGGUCUGGCUCGUCGCAGGCUGGGCCGGGGUGGCAGGGUGUUGUUGGACCGCAUGUCAUCAGACAUGGACGGCGUUCUGCAGCAGCUAGACCAACACGUCCUGACCUCCCUACCAAGGCCCGGGGCUCCACCUCCUCCAGACAGCCUCACCACGCAGUCCCACAGACAUGCCCCCUCGGCGGGCUCCGUCGCUGCCUCCUCCCUGGCUGACAUCCUCAGCAACAUCCAGACCCUCAGGUGGCGUUGCUUCGCACCGCGGCCCCGACUGGAGGAGUCUGGAGCGGGGGCCAGGCCAGGCACAGACUCCCUCUGCAGCAGGCUGGCUGGGGGACUGGCACUCAGUACCAAGAACAAAAGCUCAGUUGGCAUCACAGAGCAGCAGUAUCAGACUCACCAGCAGCAGCUGGCCCACAUGCAGAAACAGCAGCUGGCUCAACUCCUGCACACCCCUCCCUCCCAACAUCCCUCACUGCCCGAGCAUCAAAACACACAGACUGCCAACACCACUGACUGCAUGUCCAAGACUCUGGACUCGGCGAGCGCACACUUUGCUGCCUCGGCUGUGGUCAGCGCCCCAGUGAACAACGAGAACAAGCCCCACAAGACCAGCGUCAACGGCCUGGUCCACCCUCCAGGACCUCCCAGACCUCCUCACUCCACCAGCACAUCCCACAGCAACACAGGCUCGCCAGUCAGGCCUCACUCUCUGCCCAACCACAGGUCACACGCCCACGCCCACCCGGGCAGCGUCAGCGCGGUGUCCCCCGCGCACCUCCACCACAGCGCCCGGCUCUCCGCCCCCUCGCCCUCCGCCUUGAAGCUGGCCAGCGUAGCCAGCAGCAGGGACCGCGGGCCCAGGGUCACACCAGGCAGCCCUGUGGGCAGUAUAGCCAGGGAUAAUCAUGAACCAGAGAGACUAGCAUUGAACGGUAUAUCAGAGACCACAGUGGCCAUGGAGGUGACAUAACCCUCUCACCCCGCCAGCUCAGACGGGUGAAUGUGACACACAGAAACCUCCCAGAGGACAAGUGCACGCCCCAGCCACCAGGGGGUAGAAUACAAGGACCUGUGCUUUAAUCCGGCAUAUCAAAAUAUUAUAAGAGAUUUGUCAAUAUUAUAAAUGUACAUUUUGUAAAUUGGGAAUAUCACUACCGUGUAAUAUAGUAUAUUUGUAUCAUUAGUGUGUUCCUUUUUUCUGUUACUUGAAUUCAAGCGAUUUUGUCAUCAUGCUUUUGCACUUGAAAAUGCAAACAACUAGUAUACACAAAACAAUGCACCCGUUUGUGUAAGGGAUCAUGAGCAUGGAUCCUACAUCACUCGUUUUUCAUUAUUUAUUUUGAAAUGUUUACAUUUUUGUAUCUCACAGAAAACAAAUCAGCAAAAUAUGUCUGCAGGGAUGGACAUCAGUCUUGCUAGCAUAUUCGCUUAUGUGCUUUUUUUCUUUUCUAAUUAGAAAAAUUAGCCCAAUUUGAUUUGGUUUCACAAAUUAAAUAGAUAUUGAUGUUUUGUAAUUAGAUUGGUGGCAUUUUUUUCCAUACAGACAAGUUUUCCUGUUGCUUUGUUAGGUGCAACAGGAAUGUUGUCUUUUUAAUUUUUAAUUUCCUUUUUGAUGAAAACAUUUCAUUCAAUGCAUAUUUUUUUCCCAAAACAUUGAAGAAUGAGCCAUUGUCUCCACAGGAACAUAUUUAUUUAAAUUCACAUUGAAAUAACAAAUAAAUGCAUCCUUGAAUCAAUCCGCAAAUGUAAACCAGGAAAAUGUUUUUAUAAUAUAUUUGCCUUUUUAAACGGGUAGGGAGUGUGAGCCAGUAAAAAGGUACAUGGCACUAGACCGUGUCUCAUGCGAUGUGUGUCAUCUUUCAGAAUACUGGCCAACUGAACGUCUACCCCUUUAGACCGAAGGAGUGGGGGGGGUUGCAUAAAUAAAUAAUUUUUGGUAUAUUUUUUUUCUCCUUUAGUCAAGGGCCAAGUAACAUGUUGAAAGAGUGUCUGAGAUCAGUGCUAAGCCUCACUUGUAGUUAUGUGUAGUUGUAGUGAUUCCUGUACAGGGCAUUAGAAACGUGUUUAGAUUAGUCGCAGUGAUAGUGUUCAUGCACUAUUUCUUCAGACAUACAUUUUCCCCUGUUACUUGUUCUUGGAGUGUUUCUGAAAAAAAAAUGCUGGGAAAU